CGCCCACGGUGCGAUGCCGAGCGAGGCCCCGGGGCCUGGGCCGUGGCCUCCGCUCCUGCUUCGGCUAGUGGCGCUGCUUGGAACGCUGGGGCCACAGGUCCAGAGCCUCAGGCCGGAGAGCCUCCUGCUCGUGUCCACCUUGGAUGGAAGUCUCCACGCACUGAGCAAGCAGACAGGGGACUUGAAGUGGACACUGAAAGAUGAUCCCAUCAUCCAAGGGCCAAUGUAUGUCACAGAAAUGGCCUUUCUCUCGGACCCAGCUGAUGGCAGCCUGUAUAUCUUGGGGACUCAGAAACAACAAGGAUUAAUGAAACUGCCGUUCACCAUCCCUGAGCUGGUUCAUGCCUCCCCAUGCCGCAGCUCCGAUGGGGUCUUCUACACAGGCCGGAAGCAGGAUGCCUGGUUUGUGGUGGACCCCGAGUCAGGGGAGACACAGAUGACUCUGACCACAGACGGUCCCUCGACCCCCCGCCUCUACAUCGGCCGGACGCAGUACACGGUCACCAUGCAUGACCCAAGGACCCCGGCACUGCGCUGGAACACCACCUACCGCCGCUACUCAGCACUCCCCAUAGAUGGCUCACCUGGGAAAUACAUGAGCCACCUGGCCUCCUGUGGGAUGGGCCUACUGCUAACCGUGGACCCAGGAAGCGGGGCGGUGCUGUGGACACAAGACUUGGGCGUGCCUGUGACGGGCAUCUACACCUGGCACCAGGACGGCCUGCGCCAGCUGCCGCAUCUCACCCUUGCCCGGGACACCCUGCACUUCCUUGCCCUCCGCUGGGGCCACAUCCGGCUGCCUGCCUCAGGCCCCCAGGGCACGGCCACCCACUUCUCUGCCUUGGACACCCAGCUGCUGAUGACGCUGUAUGUGGGGAAAGAUGAAGCCGGCUUCUAUGUCUCUAAAGCACUCGUCCACACAGGCGUGGCCCUAGUGCCUCGUGGACUAACUCUGGCCCCCGCUGAUGGCCCUACCACAGAUGAGGUGACACUCCAAGUCUCAGGAGAGCGAGAGGGCUCACCCAGCACUGCUGUCAGAUACCCCUCAGGCAGCGUGGCCCUCCCUAGCCAGUGGCUGCUCAUUGGACACCAUGAGCCACCCCCAGUGUUGCACACCACCAUGCUGAGGGUCCAUCCCACCCCAGGAAGUGGGACUGCUAAGACCAGACCCCCAGAGAGCACCCAGGCCCCAUCCCUUUUCUUGGAGCUCCUGAGCCUAAACCGGGAAGAACUUUGGAACCUGGAGCUGCAUCCCGAAGAGAAAACCCCAGACUUGUAUCCACAGCUGGGUCCCCAAGACCUGUUGGCAGCCAGCCUCACUGCUGUCCUUCUAGGAGGGUGGAUUCUCUUCCUGAUGAGGCAGAAGCAGCAGCAGCUGACGGAGAAGCAGCAGCAGGCAACCCAGGCACCUGCAGGUCCUUCUCACAUCCCACAGGAUGCUCAGUCCCAGCCCUCGGGGACCACCCUACAGGGCCAGAAGAGACUUCAAAGCCCCUCAGAGCAAGCCCAACCACUCAAGGACGCUGAAGCUGAGCAGCUCACCGUGGUGGGAAAGAUUUCCUUCAACCCCAAGGAUGUGCUGGGCCGUGGGGCAGGCGGGACUUUCGUGUUCCGGGGACAGUUUGAGGGGCGGGCAGUGGCUGUCAAACGGCUCCUUCGUGAAUGCUUCGGGCUUGUUCGGCGCGAGGUGCAGCUGCUGCAGGAGUCUGACAGGCACCCCAACGUGCUCCGCUACUUCUGUACAGAGCGGGGGCCCCAGUUCCACUACAUCGCCCUGGAGCUCUGCCGGGCCUCAUUGCAGGAGUAUGUGGAAACCCCCGACCUGGAUCUCUGGGGCCUGGAGCCCAAGGCGGUACUCCAUCAGCUGAUGUCUGGCCUGGCCCACCUGCAUUCCUUGCACAUAGUGCACCGGGACUUGAAGCCUGGGAACAUUCUCAUCACAGAGCCCGACACCCAGGGCAGAGGCAGGGUGGUCCUCUCGGACUUCGGCCUCUGCAAGAAGCUGCCUGCCGGCCGCCGGAGCUUCAGCCUCCGCUCAGGCAUCCCCGGCACGGAAGGCUGGAUGGCACCCGAACUCCUUCAGCUCCAGCCCCCAGACAGCCCUACCAGCGCGGUGGACAUCUUCUCGGCUGGCUGCGUGUUCUACUAUGUGCUUUCUGGCGGCAGCCACCCCUUUGGAGAGAGUCUUUAUCGCCAGGCCAACAUCCUUGGAGGGGCUCCCUGUCUGGCUCACCUGGAGGAGGAGGUCCAUGACAAGGUGGCUGCCCGGGACCUGGUAGCGGCCAUGCUGAGCACACAGCCACAGGCAAGGCCCUGUGCUCACCAGGUGCUGGCCCACCCUUUCUUCUGGAGCAGAGCCAAGCAGCUUCAGUUUUUCCAGGACGUCAGUGACUGGCUGGAGAAGGAGGCUGAGCAGGAACCCCUGGUGAUGGCGCUGGAGGCGGGAGGCCAUGUGGCAGUCCGAGGCAACUGGCACAAGCACAUCUCGGUGCCACUGCAGACAGAUCUGAGAAGGUUCCGGUCAUAUAAGGGAACAUCAGUGCGAGACCUGCUCCGUGCCAUGAGGAACAAGAAGCACCACUACAGGGAGCUCCCGGUUGAAGUUCGGCAGGCGCUAGGCCAAGUCCCUGACAGCUUUGUCCAAUACUUCACAAACCGCUUCCCACGGCUGCUCCUCCACACGUACCACGCCAUGAGGAGCUGUGCCUCGGAAAGCCUCUUCCUGCCCUAUUACCCGCCAGCCUCAGGGGCCAGGGAGCCAUGCCCAGAGGCUGCUGGGAGCUGAGAGCCACAGAGAGGCCUCUACCAAGGCCUGCUGGGGAGUUGGCCCUGUGGCUGAGGCUGGCCUCAG